AUGGAGGGCAAGGACCCCCUGGCCACGCCGCUCUUGCGGCGGUCUAAACCACCACCGCUGGCACCACUCUAUGCGGUAAGCCUGCUGCGAACGACGGCGACGGCAAUUGCUAUGAUGCCAGCAUUCAAUCUAAGAGUGGUUUCCUUGGGUGAAGCAGCAGGUUACGACACUGCAGCUGUGGCGAAUGCAAUGGGUCUAAUCUCGGCAUUUCGGAGCUUCACAGAGUUCACAGCAGCGCCACUACUUGCAUCUUGGUCCGACCGCCUCGGGCGGCGGCGGGUCAUCCUGGCCUCUGCUCUGGCGUUCACGAUGGAAGCAACGCUGAUGGCGGUCUCCACCGGGCUUGUGAUGCUUGGUGCAGUGCAUGCUACCUUUGGCUGCUUUGCAUCGGGCGGGGCUGUCGAGACGAGCUGCAUCGCUGAUGCCACGCCCGCCGGGCCGAAGCGGGCGGUGGCGGUUGGGCGCUUCUUCACGGUCAUCGGCGCAGCACUGGUGCUCGGCCCGGCCCUGGGUGGGGCGUUGCUCGCUCGGGUUGGAGGUGCCGCGCCCUUUGCCUGUGCGGCUUGCCUGGGCCUGACUGCGUUUCUUGCGACCGCCGUGGCCCUUCCUGAGUACUUACCACCUUCGCGAAGAGCCCCAAAGGAGUCAACAACGAUGCUUCCCGCAGCUGGUGUUUAUCGCCUGUUAUCGCAGACCCCGCCUCUCCGGUGGUAUGUGGCUGCAUCAGGACUCUUCAGUCUGGGCAUGUCGCUUUACGGGACGGUGAACGUGCUCUGGCUCAAGGAGGCCGAUCCAAAACCGGUAGUUGAGUGA